AUGUGUCCCAUUGGUACUAGUGGAAAAACCAUGCCUAAAAAUGAUGAUAGUUACCAAUAUAAUGAUGAGUUAAACCAUCGAUAUAAUGAUAUAAAAUAUUUUGUUAAUGUAUAUACAGCAGCAUUACAUUUAAGACAACGAAUGAAAGAAGAAAAAUUAAUUCAUCACUCAUAUUCAGCUUAUUUUAAUGAUGAAAAUAAUAAUAAUAAUAAUAAUUUCCAUUCAUUAUUUCAUAAUUGUUUUCAUUCGUAUGAAAUUAUUAAUUGGCUUAUAAAACGACAAUUGUGUAAAACAAUCGAUGAUGGACAAGAACUAUUUCAAGUUUUAGAAAAAUUAAAAAUUAUUCAUCAUGUUUGUGAUUUGAAUGAAUUUGAAUAUUCUUCAUUGCCGUCGUCGAUUACAAAUGUUAAAUAUUUGUUUCGUUUUCGCCUUGAUGAUGGAACAGCUGAUGAAAAUCGUUCCUUUCAACAGUUUGCUUCCAUUUAUGAAACUUAUGCAAGUUUAUUUACACUUGAUAAAAGUCAAUGUCGUGGUAUAGAUUUACAACAAGAACCAACUUCUCGAAAUCCAUAUGAUGAACACUCAGGAAUAUUACUAAAAGGCGACAAUUUAGCUCGAAUGGUUGCCUUACGUAGUGUUACAAACAUGUCUAAUAUUGAACGUCUUGUUGAUGAAAUGAUCAUAUAUGGCCUUGUUCAAUUCAAUGAAUGUGAACAACAAACAGAAUGCAAUUGUUCAAGAAAAUUUCGUAAUGACGAUCAUCAUCAAUAUAUACUAAGUAAUUCUCAUCGUUUAACACCAAAACAACGUCUUGAUUUAAUUGCUUUAAUGCAAAAUGAUAUUCAUGAAUCAAAACAAGAAUCAUUAAUAUCUCCAAUAUUAAAUGAAACAGUGCAAACAUCGAUCAGCAGUAAUACAAUAAGUGGUGAUCAAUCGACACGAAAAACUUCGAAUAGUGAUGAAAAUGAUUGUACAACUAAAUCGACUUGUUCGACAAACAGUUUCAGAAGAAAAAAAUAUUCAAGUCUUAAUUCACCAGCGAAUCCAGAACAUCGCCCAAGUGCAGAUGAACUUGAACGACGUGAAUUACCAUGGUGUUGGAGGAACUAUACGCUCAAACGUGAUCGUUCUGGCUAUGGACUAAUUCUUCAAGGUCAAGGUCCAUGCUAUGUUGAAAGACUCGAUCCAUAUGGUUCGGCAUUUACAUCUGGAAUUCGGGUUAAUGAAUAUAUAUAUGCAAUUGAAGGUAUUAAUGUUCUACGUCGUUCAGGAAAAGAAGUCGAACGUUUACUAUCAAUGUUCGAUAAAUGUACAGUCUAUACAAUAUAUAAUCGGGAUGAUUUCCAUCGGAUACCAAUACCACAUAAUGAAUUAAAUGGCAAAAAUGAUAUUCAUUGUUUCAAACAUAUAUCAUCAUCAUCAUUAAAUGAUCAUAAUACAAAUAAUAAAAAGAAAUCAUCAUCAACUGUUAAUAAUCUUUCAUCAACUCAUACGAUUCACCAUCAGCAUCAAUCAUCAUAUUCAUCAUCACCAACAUCAUCUCUAGAUGGAAGCUCAUCAUGCUCAAUCUCACCGAAACAUUCACAACAAUAUUCAAAUAAUAUAAAAGGUGCAUUGACAAAACAUUUUCAAUUUUUUCGAUUAACAUCUCGGUCUUGCUCGAAUACAUUGAAAUAA